AUGACCGCCUCUAUGCCCCACGCAGCAGGAGCAGCAGCAGCAGAAGACCCGCCUAUCCUGCAGAGCGGGUUGCACCGGUCACGCACGGUCACGCACGGUCACGCAGAGCCAGAAAGUGAAGUGGCGACUAUGAAAAAGACAGUGAUGGGAAUUGGACCAAUGUUACAAUCCUUGAACGUGAUGAACGAGGAGCUGAGGAAAAGGAAAGACAACCUCCUGAGGGACAAGCUCGUCCUGGAAGAAAGUAUCGUCACAUGCAACAAGGAAAAGGAUGAAGAUACUACCAAACUAAGUGAAGCUUCUGAGUCUUUGAAAAAACUGAAAACUGAACACGAUGAUGGGAAAGCAAAUGCUCAAAAGGAGAUAGAAAGUCUGAAACAACAGAUCCUGGACAGAGAUAAGGCCAUUUGUGCCUUAGUGGAUACAACAAAAGCAGAGGCUCGGAAGCUGUGUGGAUUAGUUAUUUGGUAUAGAAUAAUCACGCACAAAUGCCGAAAGACACGUGACUGUUCUCUUUCUUCGGUGCUGCGUGUGGAGCAGGGCUUUCAGACUCUCCGCAUCUUGAAAACACGUCCUUCUCUUCACACGGGAUUUCAGGCUGAUAAACUGAUACACACCACAGUGAGGCUACCAGGAAUUUUCUCUCCACGGCCGAGAGACUUCAGUCUACCAAACUCGUCAUGGAGCCCCAAAAUGAUGGAACUUUACGAUCAUUACAACAGCCAGUGCGAUUUGGAAACAGAAGACAUAGAAUCACAAAAGGGACCAUGGAUCAGACUGCCGAGCUAUAACCGCAUUCUUAAAUAUGCCAAAGGUGGCGUGUACCUGAGCAAAAUUAUGCAGUCAAAGGCGAGACUUUUCACCAGGAAUGUUUAUCAAGUGGGAGCAUCUUUUGAGUACGUCAUCUUUUUGAACAAGGAGGAGAAGAAAUGUGUUUGCUUAUUCCAAGCAGGACAUCUUCUGGAGGGGCCGCCUGGUCACGUUCAUGGAGGAGCGAUAGCCACCAUGAUUGACACAGUAACAGGGACACACGCCACGUUUCUCUCUGGACUCGUUGUGACGGCAAACCUCAACAUCAACUAUCGAAACGCCAUUCCCUUAGGGAGCACUGUGAUACUAGAGUCCACUCUGGACCACAUAGAAGGCAGAAAAACACAUAUAAACUGUAAAGUGACCAGCGCGGAUGGGUCCAAAGUGCACACUGAGGCCACAGCUCUCUUUGUGUCCAUCAGCGUCAGCCAUCUGAUGGGAAUGUAA